AUGCUCAUGUUAUUAGAAAACGAUAAUAUUUUGAAAUUAGUUCAAACUGGUAUUGAAAUUGGAGCUAAUAUUGAUUUAGUAGUACGUUCGCUGUUAGAAGAACCAAUUAAGCAACAUUGUGUAUCAGUUACGGCUGAUCUUUGGAUUGAUGAUUUAUGGAAGAGAACUUACUUAGAUUUUACAAUCUUCUUUGCUAAUAAUAUUUCCGAAUUAAAUCAUACAUUAUUACAAUACACACAUUUUGAAGAAGAAAAAUCUGGAAUUAAUAUUUGGUAUGAAACUGAAGAAAUUUUCAAAUCAUUUAAUUUAUCAUUUGGUGAUACGCCUGUUAAUACUUAUCAGGGAUCAAAUAUGGUUAAAGCUCUAAGUCUAACUGGUGAAGUAAGAUAUUCGAGUUUAUAUCAAUCAGACAAUGCAUUACUGGCUUUAUUACGUCAGCGUGAUGAGCAACAUCGACUUGUACGUAUUGAUCCAUAA